GGGACUGGUCUGCACGUCCCACCACGUCCAGCCCACUAGGAUAUCGCACGGCUCGGUGAUACACAGCGGCGGUAGACAGGCGCUCAGCGGGCAGGCCCCGGGAAGGGGACCCCUCUCGCUCUCCGUCCGCCCACAGGGGCGCCAUGGCAGCAAACGGCAUCGCCGCCAACGGCAUCGCCGCCAACGACCGGGAUGCCGUGCAGGAGAAGUUACAUCCAAGAAAUCUUAUCCCAGAGCUUUGUAGACUGUUUUAUGGUUUAGGCUGGGUAACAGGAACUGGUGGAGGAAUCAGCUUGAAACAUGGGGAUGAAAUCUACAUCGCUCCUUCAGGAGUCCAAAAAGAAAGAAUACAGCCAGAAGAUAUGUUUGUUUGUGACAUGAACGAACAAGACAUCAGUGGUCCUCCACCGCACAAGAAACUGAAGAAGAGCCAGUGCACACCUCUCUUUAUGAAUGCUUACACUAUGAGAGGGGCAGGGGCAGUGAUCCAUACUCAUUCCAAGGCUGCCGUUAUGGCUACCCUUCUUUACCCAGGAAGUGAGUUCACUAUUACCCAUCAGGAGAUGAUAAAAGGAAUCCAGAAGUGUACUUCAGGGGGCUAUUACCGUUAUGAUGAUAAACUAGUGGUUCCCAUUAUUGAGAACACACCAGAAGAGAAGGAUCUCAAGGAAAGAAUGGCACGUGCAAUGGAAAAAUACCCAGACUCUUGUGCUGUAUUGGUCAGACGUCAUGGAGUUUACGUAUGGGGAGAAACAUGGGAAAAAGCCAAAACGAUGUGCGAGUGUUAUGAUUAUUUGUUUGAUAUCGCAGUGCAGAUGAAGCAGCAUGGGCUAGAUCCUUCAAAACAUCCAACAGGAGAAAAUGGAAUCUUGUAAAUGACCACAACAUUUAUAUUCAGGUUUCUUACAUGAUGAUGAGAGUUCCAGAUUCGACCUCGCACUGUUAAAACCAGAAGGGGGUGCUGUUAUUCUCAGCUGGUUGACAGAUGUUAGCAGUCGGUUUUUAUUGUAAACACAUCCAAGAAGAAAAGGAGAGUUAAAACAAGCAAAGAAACAAACAAAGCUGAAAAAUCAUUGCUUUUUAUCCUGACAAAUGCUACAGUGGGAGGAAUGAAAAUUCAGAUGCAAAAAAUGAUUUUGAAAAAAGACUGAGAACUAAUGGGACAUUUUGUUGGUGUGCUUUAGAAAUUCAUACUUCAACAACCUGCAUUUGUUGAUCCUGCUCUACUGCAGCAACAUUAAGCGUGUUCUAAGUCUCCAUUUCUGAAAGUAAUAAUAGCCUUCAUUCUUGAGAAGAAAGUGAGAACAACCCCUUAAUUAGAAGUUGAAAGCACUGUUUGGUGAUUUGUUGCCAUAUUAAUAGGAGUUUUUUCUAAAAUUAAGCCUGUAUCAUGUAUAUUUUUUAAGUCUCUCAAUUGUCAUUAUAAUGAGUAGGAAACAAUUUUAUAGCGUGCAUUUGGAAGUUGUUACUGACUGCCUGCUCUGGAUCUUGUCUGGUUUUUACUUCUUUAAGUUCAUUCCCUUUCAAUAAGAAAGAUUUUGUUUAUUACAACUUUAAAACAGCAUUUUUAUGACCUAUGAUUAGCCAGCUUAAGAUAGAUUUAAUCAAACUGCUCAUUAAAAUACAUUCUCACAGA